CGGCGGCGGCGGUGGCGGCGGAGGCAGGAGGAUGGCUUCAGAACUGGCAAUGAACAAUUCCGACCUGCCCACCAGUCCCCUGGCCAUGGAAUAUGUUAAUGACUUCGAUCUGAUGAAGUUUGAAGUGAAAAAGGAACCGGUGGAGACCGACCGCAUCAUCAGCCAGUGCGGCCGUCUCAUCGCCGGGGGCUCGCUGUCCUCCACCCCCAUGAGCACGCCCUGCAGCUCGGUGCCCCCGUCCCCCAGCUUCUCGGCGCCCAGCCCGGGCUCGGGCAGCGAACAGAAGGCGCACCUGGAAGACUACUACUGGAUGACCGGCUACCCGCAGCAGCUCAACCCGGAGGCGCUGGGCUUCAGCCCGGAGGACGCGGUCGAGGCGCUCAUCAGCAACAGCCACCAGCUCCAGGGUGGCUUCGAUGGCUAUGCGCGGGGAGCGCAGCAGCUGGCCGCGGCAGCGGGGGCCGGCGCCGGCGCCUCCCUGGGCGGCAGCGGCGAGGAGAUGGGCCCCGCCGCCGCCGUGGUGUCCGCCGUGAUCGCCGCGGCCGCCGCGCAGAGCGGCGCGGCACCCCACUACCAUCACCACCACCACCACGCCGCGGGGCACCACCACCAUCCGACGGCCGGCGCCCCGGGAGCCGCGGGCGGCGCGUCUGCCUCUGCGAGCGGCGCGGGUGGCGCGGGCGGCGGUGGCCCGGCCAGCGCCGGGGGCGGCGGCGGCGGAGGCGGCGGCGGGGGCACGGCGGGGGCGGGGGGCGCCCUGCACCCGCACCAUGCCGCGGGCGGCCUGCACUUCGACGACCGCUUCUCGGACGAGCAGUUGGUGACCAUGUCGGUGCGCGAGCUGAACCGGCAGCUGCGCGGGGUCAGCAAGGAGGAGGUGAUCCGACUGAAGCAGAAGAGGCGGACCCUGAAAAACCGCGGCUAUGCCCAGUCCUGCCGCUUCAAGAGGGUGCAGCAGAGACACGUCCUGGAGUCGGAGAAGAACCAGCUGCUGCAGCAGGUAGACCACCUCAAGCAGGAGAUCUCCAGGCUGGUGCGCGAAAGGGACGCCUACAAGGAGAAAUACGAGAAGCUGGUGAGCAACGGCUUCCGAGAAAACGGCUCGAGCAGCGACAACCCUUCCUCUCCCGAAUUUUUCAUGUGAGUGUGACACGCGAUCCCAGCUAGCCACCUUGUUAAAUGCUCCGUGGGGGUCCCGCUCCUGAGUGGGCUUGCUAGUUGCAGGGCCAAGCUCGCUCGGCCACCACCUCGCCCCCUCCCCUGGCGAGUUUGCUCCCCUUGGCCCUGAACAGACACACACACACACACACACACACACACACACACACACACACACACACACACCAAGCUUGUGGUGGUGGUGAUGGCUCUUUUGAAUUGGGGAGGGAAAGGGUGUCUGGCUCAUGGAUUGCCAACCUGAAUUCCCCCGUAACUUGCUAGCUUGGUUGUUUUGUUCUUUUUUAUUAUUAUUAUUAUUAUUACAACUACUACUCUUUUUACACCGCCUGCCCCACACAUACCCUGGACUUGCACAAGGGUCAAAGAUCUGAGCAGCAUACUUCAUGUAGGGCAUAGCUCACCUUUGAACCGGGCCAUCAAUUGCCUGUAUAUAUAUUUUUUCUUCUUCUUCUUCAGCUCAUGAGCUGGUGUUCAUUCUGUGUGUGUGUGUUUGUGUGUUUUAUUUUGUUUGGAUUUUCUUUUUUCUUCUUCUUCUUCUUUGUUUUUGUUUAUUAUUACUAUUACUAAUUUUUUGGAGCUUGCUGUGUUUCCCAGCCUCUGCCACCCCCCACCCCCACCCCUGCACCAUGUUCUUGAGAUAAAAGGAAAAAAAAAAAAAGCAGGGUUUUUUUUUCCCCUCCUUCUGAGUUCUUCUGAUUGAGCUUGCAAAGGAAAAAAAAAUGUGAAAUGCUAUAGACCUUGCAGCGAGCUGAGUUCCACGGGGGUUUUAUCUUAGCAUUGUUAUGCUAAAACAGAAUGAACUAAAGCCACUCCUGAACCUGCCACAAUCAAGCCUACAUCAACCUUCUGGGUGUGACUUGUGAGUUUUGGCCUUAUGAUGCCAAAUCUGAAAGUUUAGUCUGCCAUUAAACAACAAACAAACAAAAACACAAAAACAAACUUACUCUCAUCUCAUGCAUUACGAUGCUUGCUACUUUGUCUUAGCAACAAUGAACUAUAACAGUUUCAAAGACAUUAUGGAAAAGAGACAUUAUAUUAAUAAAAGAAGCCUGCAUGCUGGACAUGUAUGGUAUAAUUAUUUUUUUCCUUUUUUUUCCCCCCAAUUUGGCUUGGAAAUGGACUUUUGAAGACUUAGCGCAUGACAUCCAUACUUUUGAUUUACAGCCUCAUGACUUUUUUGAGUUCCAAACAACAACAGAAAAAGUACAACCCCAGAGCCUUCUUCCCUUGACAGUUUGCUUCUACUCCUGACUGCUUUGAGUUACAAUGAACUUCAGCCUCCCGUUGUACAUGCACUGAAGGCGUUCCUUGUCAAAGAUAGCAGAAUGGGCUACAAAUUUAUAUGGCAAAUAUUAUAGAACGUAAAUUAAAUGUUUUCUUUUUAGAAACAAUGAUGCCUGCUUUGGGGCACUUUAAAUUGUGCUAUUGCCAAAAGCAGUCUAAAUUUUCUUUGAAAAGAAAGAAAAAAAAAAUCUGCCCCAAUUAUUUUUUGGUUGGUUUUAUUUUUUUUUAUUUUAUUUUUUCUAUUUUUUUUUUAAUUUUUUUGGUUUUUGGUCAUUGUCAAAUGUGGAAUGCUAUGGGUUUCUAGUAUAUAAUUUAAUUCUAGAUUUUAUAAUCUGUUAGCCCAGUUAAAAUGUAUGCUACAGAUAAAGGAAUGUUAUAGAUACAUUUGAAAGAGUUAGGUCUGUGUAGCUGUAGAUUUUUUUAAAGACCGAUGCACUAAAUUGUUUACUGUUGUGAUGUUAAGGGGGGUAGAGUUUGCAAGGGGACUGUUUAAAAAGUAGCUUUCUGAAGCAUGUGCUUGCAACUUAAAUAUAAGUUGGGUAUGUGUAGUUCUUGCUAUACCAUGGACUGUAUUGAAAACCAAAGUAUUAAAAGGGGAAAUGCCCCUGUUUAUAUCUGUAGGGGUAUUUUACAUUCAAAAUGUAUGUUUUUUUCCAAAAUUAAAGUAUUUGGGACUGAAUUGCACUAAGAUAUAACCUGCAAGCAUAUAAUACAAAAAAAAAUCGCAAAAACUGUUUAGAACGCUAAUAAAAUUUAUGCAGUUAUAAAAUGGCAUUACUGCACAGUUUUAAAGUGAUGCAGAUUUUUUACAGUUAUGUUGUGGUGCAGAACUGGAUUUUCUGUAACUUAAAAAAAUCCACAGUUUUAAAGGCAAUAACCAGUAAAUGUUAUUUUCAGGGACUGACAUCCUGUCUUAGAAAGAAAGAAAGAAAGAAAGAAAGAAAGAAAGAAAGAAAGAAAGAAAGAAAGAAAGAAAAGGAAAGGAAAUCUUACCACAAUAAAUAUAAGAAAUCUUGUCAGUUACUUUUCUUUUACAUAUUUUGCUGUGCAAAAUUGUUUUAUAACUUGAGUUACUAACUAACCACGCGUGACGUUCUACAUGCUUCUCUUUCAUUUUCAAUUCUGGUUAUAUCAAGAGAAAGAAUAAUCUACAAUAAUAAACUGCAUUUUUUUUGAUUC